AUGAUGAUGCGUCCAAUCUGCCUCCUCCUCUCCCUCUUUCUCUUUGGUUUUCUGCUCGCCGUUGGUGCUGUUUCCUUCGAUGCUUCCUUCGGUCCAGUGGUUGGUGCACCCUGGCCCGUUAACAUCAACGACCCCGAGGUGAAAGAGAUCGCCGAGUUCGCUGUCUCCGAGUUCAAUAAGGAAUCUGGGAAAACGUUGGUGUUCCAGAAAGUGGUCAGUGGCCUUGGUCAGGACGUAGCAGGAGUGACUUAUGAUCUUGUCAUUGCGGUCAGGGAUGAGUCCUUGCCUAGUAGCCCAAUUGUGAAUUAUGCGUGUUAUGUCUGGGAAAGAUCUUGGGAGAAUUUCAGGAAACUUGAAUCCUUCCAUCAAGUUCUUCCAUCAAGUUAA